CACACUGCACAUAUAUAAAUAGGGGACUUCCUCAUCUGUUUUUCUCACCACCACUUGACUUUGUACAUCAAUUCAUUUGGUAGAAAUGGCAGAUGCUAAUGGAAACCAAGUGGUUGCUUUGGAUGUUAGGGAUGAAAGAUCCAACCAUGGUGCCCCUCCUCCCCCUCCUCCAACUGGCUGUAAUGCCAUCUUUACUAUCCCCUUUAUGCAAAAGUUGAUUGCGGAGACAUUGGGGACGUAUUUCCUGAUAUUCGCCGGGUGCGGGUCGGCGGUGGUGAACGCCGAGAAGGGGAGCCAGACUUUUCCGGGGGUGGCGAUAGUGUGGGGGCUGGUGGUGAUGGUCAUGAUCUACUCCGUCGGACAUAUCUCCGGCGCACAUUUCAACCCCGCCGUCACCUUUGCGUUUGCAACUUGCAAGAGGUUCCCCUUCAAACAGGUUCCAGUAUAUGUAGCAGCACAAAUGGCGGGAGCAACCUUAGCAAGUGGGACCCUCCGGCUGCUGUUCAACGGAAAACACGACCACUUCGCCGGCACACUUCCGGCGGGGUCCGAAGUCCAAUCACUUGUGGUCGAAUUCAUCAUCACCUUCUACCUCAUGUUUGUCAUCUCCGGCGUGGCCACCGAUAAUCGAGCGAUUGGAGAACUUGCUGGCCUUGCUGUGGGAGCUACGAUCCUACUUAAUGUCAUGUUUGCUGGGCCGAUAUCCGGAGCAUCAAUGAACCCAGCAAGGAGUUUGGGCCCAUCAAUAGUCUCAAACAAUUACAAAAGCAUUUGGAUCUACUUAGUGGGCCCAACUGCAGGGGCCGUUACAGGGGCCUGGGUAUACAACCUCAUUCGAUUUACGAAUAAGCCCCUGCGUGAGAUCACCAGCAGCGCCUCUUUUCUCAAGGGCAAAGGCUCGAGCCGCAAUGGGUAUAGGUGACCAAACCAAUAAAAGUCCAUGGAAACCAUUGUCUUUUGCCCCCAUUUCUUCCACUACAAUAUAUGCUUAAAUUUGGUAUAUCUAUGUUCCCAAUCAUUUGGGAUAUCUAGUUUAGUGCACCUAGUGCAUACAUUACAAUACACGAUAUAUCAUGUGUGUUACGUUGCUGGAUGAUUGUGUACCUUUGUAUCUUAUCGUCAACUCGUCUCCCGUGACUCUAUGUCAUGUGUUGAGAAUGUUUACAUGUUUUCCUAAAGCUAGUUGGUCUCCUGUGCUUGUCACGUAUUUAGAACAUUUGUAAUACUUUCACAAAGAAGAUUUAGAACAUGAUAUGGACUUUCGCAAAGAUGAUUUCUAUAAAGAAAAUUAAGGUCUGGAGGCCUGAAAUCUCGUGAAGAUCCGUGACAAUUAAAAUCUAUGUGCAAGGACAAUCAAUAAUUCAAGGAGAAGUACUGAGAAGAUCUAAUGUGCAGAAGUGAAUAAGAUCUAGAUUCAACUACAACAUGAGAAAUGUAAUUUUCAAUUUGUAACUCUUUGUGUUUUUAUAAAAUAAUAUGUAUUGAUCAUAAUACUUUCACGUGCUUAAAUGUUUCUAUGUUUAAAAGAAAGUGAAAAAUGAUUA